UCAGACCGGUAAUCGCAGCUAUGAAGACUACCUUCAAGGACAUUCCCGUCAUUCCGACGAGUCAAGAAUUCCUCGAUAUCGUCUUGAGCCGCACUCAGAGGCGUCUACCCACCCAGAUCAGAGCCGGCUUCAAAAUCUCGAGAAUUCGUUCAUUCUACACCCGAAAAGUCAAAUACACCGCCGAAACCUUUGGCGACCGACUCGGAGCGACUCUCGAGGCUUUCCCGAAGCUCAAUGAUAUCCACCCUUUCCACCGCGAUCUCCUCAACACGUUAUACGAUGCAGACCAUUUUCGCAUUUCUCUCGGACAGCUGUCGACCGCAAAAUCGCUGAUCGAGGCCGUGGCUCGCGACUACGUGCGCCUGCUGAAGUAUGGACAAUCCCUAUACCAGUGCAAGCAGCUGAAGCGCGCUGCGUUGGGUAGGAUGGCUACAAUCACGAAGAGGCUUAAGGAUCCGCUAGUGUAUUUGGAACAGGUGCGACAACAUUUGGGCCGUCUGCCCUCGAUCGACCCCAACACUCGUACGCUCUUGAUCUGCGGCUACCCCAAUGUGGGCAAGAGUUCGUUCCUGAAGAGCGUUUCCCGCGCCGAUGUCGACGUACAGCCGUACGCUUUCACGACCAAAUCACUUUUUGUGGGCCAUUUCGACUACAAGAUGCUUCGAUUCCAGGCCAUCGACACCCCGGGAAUUCUCGACCAUCCGUUGGAAGAGAUGAACACCAUUGAAAUGCAGAGCAUCACCGCCAUUGCUCAUUUACGGAGCGCUAUCAUGUAUUUCAUGGAUCUAUCGGAGCAGUGUGGAUAUUCAGUUGCAGCACAGAUCGCUCUCUUCCACUCGAUAAAACCACUCUUCUCCAAUAAGGUGGUGUACGUCGUCAUCAACAAGAUCGACGUCACUCGCCCGGAAGAUCUGGAUGCCGAGACACAAGAACAGCUACAGGGCAUGCUCAAAUCUGGAGAAGUUGAGAUGCUUCAACUCUCUUGCACGACUACCGAAGGUGUAAUGAACGUACGAAAUGCUGUCUGCGAUCGCCUGCUUGCUGUGCGGAACGCGGAGAAGCUGAAAGCUGGGACAAACAGCUCCGGGGAGCCAAAUGGACGACUUGGAGAUCUGCUGAGGAGAAUUCACGUUGCGCAACCCAUUGGUGGUGUCACCCGUGAGGUGUUCAUUCCGGACGCCGCCAAGAACAAGAUCAGAUACGAGAAGGACGAUCCCAACCGACCCCAGCUGGAACGAGACAUCGAGGAAGAGAAUGGUGGCGCUGGUGUCUACAAUAUCAACCUGCGCAAGAACUAUCUACUCGAGAAUGAUGACUGGAAAGAAGAUCGCGUACCCGAAGUAUUCGAUGGAAAGAACGUGUACGAUUACAUAGAUCCCGAAAUCGAGGCCAAAUUAGCCGCUUUGGAAGAAGAGGAAGAGAAGCUGGAGGCAGAAGGCUACUACGCCUCAGACGACGAUUUGGAAGACGUCGAGGAGGCUGAGAUCCGAUACAAGGCCGAGCUCAUUCGAGAGAAAAGGAUACUCAUCCGAAACGAAAACAAGAUGAGGAAGAGUCUCAAGAAUCGCGCGGUUAUCCCCAGAUCAGCGAAGGCUGUGAAACUAUCCAAGAUGAAUGCCCACCUCGAGUCUCUUGGCCACGAUACCUCAUCUCUUGCUGUACGCGCGCGAAGCCAGAGCCGGGGUAGGAGCACGGCCAGGGGACGAUCCGAAGCUGAUGGAGAUGCGAUGGACGUUGACACACCUAAGUCGGGCAUGUCCGCCUUCGAGCGGGCCAAGAGCCGUGGCAGGAGCCAGAGCACGAACAGGAGGGAUGAUGGUGUCACGGAUGAGGUGGCGCGCACGAAGGCGGAGAGGCUGCAGAAGCUCGGCCAGAAGAAGAUGAACAGGUUCGCCAGACAGGGAGAGGCUGAUAGGCAUACCACGGGUUCUCUGGUGAAGCAUUUAGUGACUGGCAAGCGCGGUAUGGGCAAGACAAGCAGACGUUGAUCUGUUUGUGGAUGUGUCUUGUUCUACCGAGCUAUUUCAGGGGCUUCUGGCUUGUGGUUGGCGUUAUGAUACCGGACAGUCAUGAGACUGGCGUUCAGGAUUACUUACGUGGCUCCGCGUGUAGGAAGUCGCGGCAUCGAAUGCGGUCAUGAUAGAUAGGAAAAGCAUUGCACAUGAGCGUAUCAGAUUCAGGUCUUCAUUACCUCAGCUCG